AUGUCGCGCGUUUACCAGCCAUCCGACUAUGUGGUCGAGAAAUCACGUUUGCCGUCCUUCGAAAAAUAUAAAGAGAUGCAUAAAAAAUCAUUAGAAGACCCAGAGGCGUUUUGGUCGGAAAUAGCCAAAGAAUUUCACUGGCAAACCCCCUGUCAGCCGGGAAAAUUUGUUUCGUACAACUUCGAUAUCGACAAGGGGGAUAUUUUUGUUAAAUGGUUGGAAGGGGCUACGACGAACGUUUGCUUCAACGUCCUUGAUCGUAACAUAAGAAAUGGUCAUGGGGAUAAAAUCGCUUACUACUGGGAAGGUAACCAUCCUGAUGACUACAGUCGAAUCACAUAUAAAAAGCUAUUGGAUUCUGUCUGUAUGUUUGCGAAUGCUCUGCGAGAGAAUGGUGUUCGCAAAGGAGACAGAGUAGCCAUCUACAUGCCCAUGAUUAUGGAGACGGUCAUCUGUAUGUUGGGCUGUGCAAGAAUAGGCGCAGUACAUUCUGUUGUAUUCGCUGGAUUUUCCCCGGAUUCACUGGCGGAGCGAAUGUCCGAUUGCAAGGCGAAGGUUCUUGUAACGGCUGACGGGGCGUGGAGAGGAGAAAAAUUGCUUGUGUUGAAGAAAACCUGCGAUCAAGCUCUCGAGAAAGCUAGAACUAAACAUAACCAUGAAGUCAGCUUGUGCAUCGUCGUGUCCCAUUUGGGGAGAGUGAAACCAUGUGGAAAGAUGGAUGAUAUAAAGAAACUGUACGAUUGGAAUUACAACGUGGAUGUAUGGUGGCACGAGAUCAUGGAGGGUCAAUCACCCAUCUGCGCUCCCGAGUGGAUGAAUGCUGAGGACCCCUUGUUCAUGCUAUACACUAGCGGUUCCACUGGCAAGCCAAAGGGCGUUCUACACACUAUCGCUGGGUAUAUGCUCUACGCGACGACUACUUUCCGUUAUGUAUUCGAUUAUCGCGAGAAGGACAUCUAUUGGUGCACCGCUGACGUUGGCUGGAUCACUGGACACACUUACGUCGUGUAUGCACCCCUUGCGAAUGCCGCUACUUCACUUAUGUUCGAAGGUACACCAUUCUAUCCUGAUAACGACCGCUACUGGUCGUUGGUUGAGAAGUACAAGGUUACUCAGUUCUACACAGCACCAACUGCCAUUAGAGCUCUGAUGAAAUUUGGGGACGAGCUCGUCACCAAGCACAAUUUGAAGACUUUGCGAGUGUUGGGGAGCGUUGGAGAGCCUAUCAACCCGGAAGCUUGGUUGUGGUUCUACAACCUGGUUGGUAAUAAACGUUGCUCGAUCGUGGAUACUUUCUGGCAGACUGAAACCGGUGGCCACGUACUUACCGGCCUGCCAGGGGCCUCCCCUAUGAAGCCUGGAGCUGCCGGGUUUCCAUUCUUCGGCGUGGAACCGACACUGCUUGAUGAGAGCGGCAAAGUGAUCGAAGGUCCCGGCGAGGGCUACCUGGUCUUCUCCCGACCAUGGCCAGGCAUCAUGAGAACCCUCUUCGGUGACCACGCUCGUUACCAAAAGGUCUACUUCUCUAAAUUCAAAGGAUAUUACUGCACAGGCGAUGGCGCCAGACGUGACGAGAAUGGAUUCCUCUGGGUGACGGGACGUAUCGACGACAUGUUGAAUGUGUCCGGUCAUCUGUUGUCUACCUCCGAAGUAGAAGGUGUCCUCACUGAAGAGCACUCCGUGUCCGAAGCUGCUGUUGUCUCCAAGCCACAUCCCGUCAAAGGAGAAUCUCUGUACUGCUUCGUCAUCCUCAACGAGGGCGUUCAGUUUGGUCCCGAAUUGAUCGACGCUCUGAAGAAACGCGUGAGGAAUAGGAUUGGGGCGUUCGCUGCUCCGGAUGUCAUUCAAUACGCUCCCGGUCUGCCGAAAACCAGGUCCGGGAAGAUCAUGAGGAGAAUUUUGAGGAAGAUAGCGCUGGGUGACACCGACAUCGGCGACACGUCCACUCUAGCUGACCCGUCCGUCGUUGACGAGCUCUUUAAAAGCAGACCCUAG